AUGUUCCUUUAUCCUUUUUGCUUCACUCUCUCUUUUCUCUCACUCUUUCUUUCUCCUCACUCUUCCUCUUUCUCUUGCUUCUCUCUCUCUGUCCCUUUCUCUCUCUCUUUUCUCUCACUCUUUCUUUUCUCCUCACUCUUCCUCUUUCUCUCGCUUCUCUCUCUCUGUCCCUUUCUCUCUCUCUUUUCUCUCACUCUUUCUUUCUCCUCACUCUUCCUCUUUCUCUUGCUUCUCUCUCUCUGUCCCUUUCUCUCUCUCUUUUCUCUCACUCUUUCUUUCUCCUCACUCUUCCUCUUUCUCUCGCUUCUCUCUCUCUGUCCCUUUCUCUCUCUCUUUUCUCUCACUCUUUCUUUCUCCUCCUCUUCCUCUUUCUCUUGCUUCUCUCUCUGUCCCUUUUCUCUCUCUUUUCUCUCACUCUUUCUUUCUCCUCACUCUUCCUCUUUCUCUCGCUCUCUCUCUCUGUCCCUUUCUCUCUCUCUUUUCUCUCACUCUUUCUUUCUCCUCACUCUUUCCUUUUCUUGCUUUCUCUCUCUGUCCCUUUCUCUCUUUUCUCUCACUCUUUCUUUCUCCUUAUUCUUCAUUUCCUCUCACUCUUUAUUCCCCCUCACUCUUUUCCUCUUUCUCUCGCUUCUCUCUUUCGGUCCCUUUCUCUCUCUCUCUUUUCUCUGGCUCUCUCUCUCUCUUUUUCUCUCUCUUUUUCUCCACACUAUAGCUUUUGUGCUGUUUUCUUUGAAGUGCGUUUUGUUAAUACAUCUAUCUAUCUAUCUAUCUAUCUAUCUAUCUAUCUCAGUACAUUAUGUAAAUACCUAUCGAUAUGAUUCCGUUCAUUUUCUAUCUAUCUAUCUAUCUAUCUAUCUAUCUAUCUAUCUAUCUAUCUACCAUUCGCAAUUGAGUAAUAUCUAUCUAUCAGUCUAUUUCCGUCGAUUCAUAUCUAUCUAUCUAUCUAUCUAUCUAUCUAUCUAUCUAUCUAUCUAUCUAUCUAUCUAUCUGUUUGUCUCAGUACAUUGUGGUAACAUCUAUCUAUAG